AUGUGCACGGGCUGGGACAUGAAGAACCAUACUCUUGGCAAAAUGGUCACCGCCUGGGAGGGCAUCAGUGCGGAGCCCGCGGAGGACUGCUGCCUCGCGAGCCCGAAGGCCGGCUGCUGGGACAGCACGUACACGCCCGAGCGUUGUUGCGCCGAGCCCCCGGAGGGCAGCGUCGGCGCGCUCGGCGUGUUGGACGAGGACUUCACGGAGGCGUACAUCAAGGCGACGGGAGACGCCGCCGACGGACUCCUCGGGUGCCCGGAGGAGCCCCUCGGGCUCUGGCGAACGGUGCGGAUGGCGGCGGCGGCGUUGAACACCAGCCGGCGCUACGGCAUGCCGGGCCAGCAGCUGCCGGCGGAGGACACCUCGCUGAUCCUGGGGCACGUGCGCUCCUGGCUCGGGGACCGGCGCGCCUGGGAGGCCGCGGCGUCCGCGUGCCCUGCGGGCGCCGGGCGGGCCCUGGAGCUCGUGGUGGCGCAGGUGGACAGGGAGCUGGGCGAGGAGGAGGCCAAGGCCGCGUGGCGGCUGCGCGCGGAGCUGGAUCCCGGAUGCCGGUCAUUUGGGCAGCUGGCUGUCCCUGGCGGCCGGCGCUGA